AUGAUGCCUACCCCACCGAAAUGGUCUCGAGGCCCAUUGAACGAACUCCACCAGGCCGCAAUUCGUGGUUCUGCCGAGCGUAUCAAUUCCCUGCUAACCAGGGGCGUCAUAAACAUCAACCAAGGCGAUCCGGCGGGCCGGACUCCCCUCAUGUGCGCCGCCCAAAAGGGCUGCCCGCGCGUUGUCGGCAUCCUGCUGAACAAGGGAGCCAACAUGUCGAUAGCGUGUGACAUGGGAUUUACUGCCUUGCUCAUUUCCGCUCAAAUUGGCCACGUGGCGGUGACUACAAGAUUGCUGACAGCCGGUGCCGACCUCGAACAAGCCGACAACCAAGGCUUCAGAGUGCUACAUAUGGCUAGCUCAAACGGGCACUCCGAGGUGAUGAAGAUACUGAUGAAUGCGGGCGCGAACGUUGACUGCCGCUGGUUCGGUGGAGAGACACCGCUAUACCUGGCGGCGUCGAAGGGACACGUGGGCGCGAUGCGGCUGCUCGUUGUUGCGAAAGCGAACCCGUUGUUUGCUGUAGGACAGUGCAACUCAGCUCCCGUUGGAUAUAGCGGCAAUAGGAGGGCAGUCAGACGCGGUGCACCAGCUGAUACAGCAGCUAGGGAUCGAAGUCUGUACCCCGAGACAAAAGAAACAACGGAUAGCUGA